ACAAGAAGAGCUGUCAAUUGCGCAUAGCUGCCAUUCCUUCCGUUCUGUUCUGAGCGAAGAGUUUUUGCAGAUGUUUUCCCAGUAUGGGCAGUUGAAACAGCAGCGCGCUGCUCAAUAGUAACUUUUACGAAAUACUAAAUUAUUAAUUUAUCUGAUAUACAUAUGGGAAAUGGAUAGCUAAUAUUAUUGUACGGAAGCUAAGACUGUGCGCGACGUAAGCCGAUUUUAGAAUUGAAUUCAUUUGUUUUAGUUUCUUGAACGACAAGGAAAAUGCCAGUAGCAACUCUAUUGCCUUUUACAGCUACCCCGAGUAGGAAGUCUUCCAGCCCGACCUCUUUCAGACUGACAGAGAAAUUCAUUUUGCUAUUAGUUUUUAGCGCUUUUAUUACGCUUUGUUUCGGUGCUAUUUUUUUCCUACCGGAUUCGUCGAAGCUGCUCAGCGGAGUUUUCUUCCACUCGUCCGCGGUAGAAACCAACACUCGAAAAGGUACGGAUAGUGAUUCAAAUAUCGUAGUUGGGACCGACGAAAAGAUAUUAGCCAAGAUUAGAAAGGACCACGAAAAGGCUUUGGUUGAAGCCAAAGACACUCUCCAGAAACGACCAGACGAAAUAAAGCAAGAUAUACAGAACGAGAAGGACAAAGUUUUGAAGGAAGGUCUCGGUAAAGGUGGGAAAGAUGACGAUAACCUACCAGUCAUUGAAUAUGUCCGGCCACCCGGAGCAACAGGGCACGAGCCCUCCGAUCCGGAAACCAAAGAGAGACGAGAAAAAAUUAAAGAGAUGAUGAAGUUUGCCUGGGACAGUUACAAGCGAUACGCCUGGGGAUCCAAUGAGCUGAGGCCUGUCUCCAAGCAAGGCCACUCCAGCAAUCUGUUUGGGAGCAUAAAGGGAGCCACCAUCGUGGAUGCCCUGGACACCCUAUACGUCAUGGAGAUGUAUGAGGACUUUGAGAUGGCCACAGAGUGGGUGGAGAAGAACCUGGACUUCAACGUGAAUGCUGAGGUCUCAGUCUUUGAAGUGAACAUCCGGUUUGUCGGAGGACUGCUCUCCGCCUAUUACCUCUCCGGCAAAGAGGUGUUCAGGAAGAAGGCCAUACAACUGGGAGAGAAGCUGUUGCCUGCAUUCAAAACACCCACAGGCAUCCCCUGGGCCCUCCUAAACCUGAAGAGUGGCAUCGGGAGGAACUGGCCGUGGGCGUCUGGAGGCAGCAGCAUCCUGGCGGAGUACGGCACCCUGCACCUGGAGUUCAUGCACCUCUCUAAGCUGUCAGGGAACCCAGCCUUCGCAGAGAAGGUCAUGAACAUCCGGAAGGUUCUGAAUCGACUGGAUAAGCCCCAGGGACUGUACCCCAACUAUUUGAACCCUAACAGCGGACAGUGGGGACAACAUCACGUGUCAGUGGGCGGCCUGGGAGACAGCUUCUACGAGUACCUGCUCAAGGCUUGGCUGAUGUCAGACAAGACGGACGAGGAGGGCAAGAAGCUCUACUAUGACGCUCUACAGGCCAUUGAGACCAGUCUGAUGAGGAAGUCCAGCGGUGGACUGACGUACAUCGCCGAGUGGAAGGGCGGCCUGCUGGAGCACAAGAUGGGUCACCUGACGUGCUUCGCCGGGGGCAUGAUCGCCCUGGGGGCCGACGGAGCUCCCGAGGACAAGACGGGUCACCAGAUGGAGCAGGCCGCAGAGAUCGCCCGCACAUGCCACGAGUCCUACGCCCGCACCACCCUGAAGUUGGGCCCAGAGGGGUUCAGGUUUGACGGCGGCGUGGAGGCCAUCGCCACACGGCAGAACGAGAAGUACUUCAUCCUGAGGCCUGAGGUCAUCGAGACCUACAUGUACAUGUGGAGGUUCACCCACGACCCCAAGUACAGAGAGUGGGGCUGGGAGGCUGUGCAGGCUCUGGAGAAGCACUGUCGUGUGGAGGGAGGCUACAGUGGAGUGAGAGACGUCUACGCCUCCAGCCCCAACCAUGACGACGUCCAGCAGAGCUUCUACCUGGCAGAGACACUCAAAUAUCUGUUCCUGCUGUUCUCUGAUGACGACCAUCUUCCCUUUGAGCACUGGGUGUUCAACACAGAGGCCCACCCCCUCCCUGUCAUCAAGAAGGAGAUGACAGACACAGACAAGCCCAACCAGCUGGAGUAGAGUGGACCACCCCCUGACCUGACCCCACCCAUCUCGGAACUCCUCUAACCCCUCCCUCUCUGAGCAGUGGGCGGAGCUGUCUAUUUUACUCCUCCCCCAGUGUGGGCGGAGCUCACCCAGGCAGGCCACUCCCCUGGUAGACUGGACUCGCUCCUGUUUUUGAGUCCAUGAUCAGACCAGAUGGAACCGGACCGGGCUGCCUGCCUCUCCUGACCCAGACUGCCCUCUACUGGGGACUGGGAACCACCACUCAGAACCACCUCGUCCAUGAGUGCUUGUCUUGUCAUCGUGUAGAGAUAACAAUCAGUCUGCAUGCUGCCCUCCCCUCCCAGUGCUGUAGAGGCUGUAGGAUUUACCCUCCUCUGUGAGGAGAACAGGACACUACUACGCUGUAAGAACCACCAUCACUCAGAAAAAGCCAUACUGAUUUGAAUACAGCUUUAUCAUUUUCUUUCUGUCCAUGUAUUUUGGGUAUGUGAUUGUGGGUGUGACUGAAAACAGACUUUAUGUCAAUCAACAUAUUAUCGGAUUUGGGUUGUUCUUAUGGUAAAUAUGAUUUUAGUCGCACUUAAACAAUGGACCAUUUAGGUGGAUUUCUGUUAAAGACCCAGAGCUUGAUUCUCACCUGCUCUAUAGCUGAAAUCCAGUCAAAAUAGUGCCUUUCAGUCUGAAAUAGUCUAUCGAAUAAGCAGUUCAGGCAAAUUGCAAGGCUUUUAUUUAUACAGGUAGUCUGGUAGUUAGCAGACAGUCCAGGUGGCAUUGGCUGAAGGUUUUAUCACCUUUACCACACUGCCAUCUAGUUUUGGACAACCAGUACUACAACAGUUCAGUCCUCCAGUCAUUUGAGUGUAGCAGGUAGGUUUAUAAAGGGGAUGAAGUCACGGGGGAAAAGACCUGCACUGAGGACAACCUCUCAGUUAAUGAAGUGGACACAUUUACCGUUUAGCUUGGUCCCUUCUUCCUGAAAUAUGAAACGUGUGGGGAAAGUAGAGUUCAUCCCUUCUAUCAACAUGUCAUCAAUUCAUUCAGCCUAGUCAGUUUGUCAGAGCUCACUUUAUUUCCCAACCCCCAACAUGUUCCUUUGUUCUUAAAUUGACAAAGUUGAUGUGUGUUUUAGUUUUUUCUUUAUUAGAGGUGGUAAAGACAAUGAAUUCCAUGUGAUGUAAAAUAGUUGCUAUGCUGAUAAUUUAUUCCGUAGUACAUUGGAAGGAAGGUUUGGGAUCAGGCCCCUAGGUGGCACUGUGGAGAGCGAGGGCACUGUUUUGUGGAUUAUUUGGGAGUUGGAGACCAGGGCAGAGUCAGACCAAGAACUUGGUAGUGAAUCAUAUGGAACGAAUGCAUCGUAUGAAUGAAUGUACCAUCAAAUGUGAUGUUUAAGAUUAUUUUGCCUUUGUUGUUCUUAAUUUGUUGAUUUGUUUGUUGAUUCCUUUCUUCUGGAAAGCACAAAAUGCUGAAGGAAUGUGUCGUGGUACCCAUCAGAAGAAUCUGUUAGUCAGUUCAGGAGAAUAAGAGGAGGCACAAGAGGAGUUGUUUAGGUGUGUUGACAUGCAAUGAGAAGGUUCUCUGUUCACUACACUGGAUGAAAUCCACUCACAUAUGAACAUGUAAACAUGCUGAAUACUGUGUAGAGAAAAGAGGACAAAUAGAUUGAAAUAGAUUGAAAUGGUCACAUAUCAUACAUAGACACACUCAUGACCAUGGAAGUUUAUGGACACUCAGACAUGGGCGUUCAGUUGACCGCAGGAUCAAUCUGACCUCCCUCCGUUGUCUCAUCAUAAUGAGAGUUAGAGAGAAGAGUGUGUUUGUAUGAAACCUUAGUCAAAAGGUUCUGUUCUUCUGCAGUGUACUUUUACAGACAGGGGGCGCUGAUGUUCCUAAAAUGUCUCCGCAUACAUCUUAUUGGGAAAUAGAUGGGGUAUGAUCAAGAGGCCUUCAUCUUUUUUGAAGUAAUAUUCUGACCCUAGAAAAUAGACCGGAUGUUUAAGAAGCCUCACUGAUAUCAGCCUCCUGCUGGAGCUACUCUCCUCCAGACUUCCAGAAAUGCCAGCAGGGCAAUCUCUGCUUUCUCUACUGUUCUUUAUAAAGGCAAAGUCAAAGUAAUCCCUGUUUAUCUUACUGGAGGAAGCAAUAUUAAUGAGGGAAACUGUGAUGUCCAUAUACGUUGAGAUCCCCCUCCACCUAGUUAAUUAUGGCGGCCAUUCAGGCUCAAGGGAAGAGAGUAUCACUCACUAUACACUGUAGAUAUGACACUGCUGCAUUCACCGUCUCUGAGAGCCUAAAAGGCGCUGCGUAGUCAAUUCGGCUUCUGCAUUGGCCGUGCAGCAUUUACAGUGAUACAGCCUCUGCAGAAGUCAGGGCAUUCAUACUUUGUGAGCUUUGCAUAGCAGUGCAGAGCUGUUGCCAAGGAAGUGAGUUUGUGUUUAUACAGAACCUCCCGCCUUCACCUACCGUCAACCAAUCAUGUCAAUGCGGAGCUAUACAGAUCCUUCCGCAUUGUUACAAAAUUUGAGCGGCUCACAGCGAUGCGGUACGAAGCUCAAUUUGUCCUCUGAGUGCCUCCAGAGGCUACGCAAUUGCGUCACACCAUCCAUACGGCGCCUCAGACCACGUUGUCAGAUCAAGCAUAAAUUAAGUGUCUCCUGACUGUUGCAGCUUUCGGGAGCAGAAGGGAUGACUCGUAGGAAUACUGAAAAACGUAAAAGUCGCUGUAAAAUGAAAACAUGACCCAUUUAUUUUCCUCUUUCUUUCAUUAUGCAGACUAGAAGACGUGCUGUUCAUUUCCAAUUGACUUUGUGGUUGAAUAUUGUGUUGACGAUCUCUCGCAUUACAAUGCCUUUUAUUUGUGAAUCUCUUGUUAAUGGUUUCGUGAAACAACCUCAGAAAUGUAAACUGUACAAUAUUGCUGAUAAUCAUUCCAUUGCACAUAGUUUAUUUGGGUUAAUAUGUUAUUUUAAUUUUGUGGGAAAUUGUUAUGUUGGUUUUUGUUUCUUUCUUAUUAAAAUGUAAAUAUUCCAUUCUACAUUUAUAUAAAUCUUACGAACGUAUGGAUGAAAUUAUGUUAAUGAGCAGCAAAAAUUUUCAUAAACUAUAUUUGUUACACUUCUAUUGUGAAUAAAACAAUCUUUUAAUA